GUACUCCUUACGUUCCGCGAUGUUUUACUACAAUACGGACAUGCACUGCGUACUAAUGAGUCGUAAGUCAACAGCUAGCACAAAAUAAGUGUUUAUUAUAGGUUCGGCUAUAAGCCAUCUUCGAAUACGCCGGUACCCUGGACAUAGAGUCAGUGGCGUAGCUAGAGUUGCGUGGUGCCUGACCCGAGGUAUAAAAUAGUUCCGGUAAAAUUGUAAACCUUUAUAUGCUCGGGCCCCUUUGGACUUCGGGCCCUGAUGCGGUGGCCCCACCAGCACCAUUAUAGCUACGCCACUGCAUACAGUACUCGAACAUUUGGUAAUUGAGUUACACCGGAUAUUCCAUGACUAACGUGGAUGGAUGCAAGUUGCCACCCAGCUCCUUCCGUGGGAUGACAGCAAGUUUCUUUCUGUGACCUGAAGGCCAUCCUUGUAGACAGGCGUCCAGAAUAUAAGCAGCCGACCAAGUCGUCUUGCCACAGAGCACGGUCGACACUGGGUGACUUUUGAAACAUCAACUGCAGGUACACGUCAUCAAAGUCUGCAUAGUCAUAAAGGCAUGACCAUUGUGCCUCGCUCAGUGUCAUGACGUAACAACAUACUGUUUCCAUAUCAGUUGUGAUAACAUAGUGCUAAUAACUAUACAUUAAAACUUUUGGAAAAAAACAACACAAAUUAUCACGGAUAUAGAGGAUAUUCAAAGACAACUUUCCACAAUUUUGAAUUGUUCAAGGUAUCUGCCAAUAACAAAUUAUUCUUUGUUCUAUAAGUAUUAAGUUGUUAAACGGUUCUCACAUCUUGCUCAAGGUACUUUGUUGGAACCCAGCUCAUCGAAAGGUUUUAAGACAUUACAUUUCCAGUUUUAUACACCAUAGGAUUUUACAAAAGGUAUGUCUCUUUAUAAAAGGUAUGUCUCUGUAUAAAAGGUAUGUCUCUGUACAAAAGGUAUGUCUCUGUAUAAAAGGUAUGUCUCUGUAUAAAAGGUAUGUCUCUGUACAAAAGGUAUGUCUCUGUAUAAAGGUAUGUUUAGUUCAAUCAUUUCUGCUGUUUCUACCCCACCUAAACCAAGGUUUCCCAAACUAGGAUCCUUGCAACCCCAUGAGGGGCAACAAAAAAAGAAAGAUCCAUCUACUUAUGUAUUUAUCUAUGAAGAUUUUAUCAGUUGCCAUAUGUCACACACUUUAUCAGUUGCCAUAUGUCACAGAUUUUAUCAGUUGCCAUAUGUCACACACUUUAUCAGUUGCCAUAUGUCACAGAUUUUAUCAGUUGCCAUAUGUCACACACUUUAUCAGUUGCCAUAUGUCACAGAUUUUAUCAGUUGCCAUAUGUCACAGAUUUUAUCAGUUGCCAUAUGUCACAGACUUUAUCAGUUGCCAUAUUCACAGAUUUUAUCAGUUGCCAAAUGUCACAGACUUUAUCAGUUGCCAAAUGUCACACAUGUAUUUUUAAGUUUGUCAUUUCAAUUCACCUAAAAAAACAAUUGUUCAAUUGUUACUUUUGUGUGUGUGUGUGUGGGGGGGGGGUGGCUUGGGGGGAUACAUGGGGUGCGAGAAUUCUUUAAAUUUGUCAUUUGUAAGGGGUUCGUUACUGAUACAAAAUUUCGUAAGAAGUUGUGGAACAGGUAAAGGGUUAGGAAACACACAAAAACUGUAUUUAAAGUUUUUUUUUCAAUUUUAUUCCACGAACUCUGAGUGAUUACAUCUCAUUUUCACUUUUUCAUCAACUCAACUUCAAUAAGUGAACUGACCAAGUUAACCUCAAUAAAUAUACUUAACGAUUCAAUUGAAUUGAAUGUACUUUUUCAACUUUUCUUUUAUCGACUCUUAAUAUCAGCAUAAAUUCUUCAGCUAUACUCAAUACUUUAAUGGAUACAUUGAUAUUUCUACUAACACAAUCUGCAAGCUACACUAGGGUUAUUCAAUGGUCAUUUAAUUAAAUGUUUUAUUCUAAAGAAUCGAAUAAUUCCUGAAUAUUUGUGUAAGGGACACUCCAAUGUCUGAUCUUGUUUGUAAAGAUUGCUUCAUAACUUAAAAAAGAAUAAACCAAAAUGUUCAGGAGAGAGCCCUCUAUAGGCUAAAGUUAACAUGGCAAUAGUUGCUGACCAAAGCCCUCCAUGAGUUGUAAUACUUCUGUUCCAACAGUGGCUGACCAAAGCCCUCCAUGAGUUGUAAUACUUCUGUACCAAGAGUGGCUGACCAAAGCCCUUCAUGAGUUGUAAUACUUCUGUACCAACAGUGGCUAACCAAAGCCAUCCAUGGAUUGUAAUACUCCUGUACCAACAGUGGCUGACCAAAGCCCUCCAUGAGUUGUAACACUUCUGUACCAACAGGGGCUGACCAAAGCCAUCCAUGGAUUGUAAUACUCCUGUACCAACAGUAGCUGACUAAAGCCCUCCAAGAGUUGUAAUACUUCUGUACCAACAGUGGCUGACCAAACCCCACCAUGGAUUGUAACACUCCUGUACAAACAAUUGAAGGCCAAAGUUCUCAAAGACAUGUAAUAAUAUUUUACCCAGAGCCGUAAGUGCGCAAUGCAACCCGUGCCUCCUUAGUGGUCUCGGGUAUUUAUUAAGAAGCCUAAAGAAGUGAUGUUGAUAAAAUGUAACAAUCUGUUUUGACGGUGAACAAAGCCUAAAAGUGGUAUGGUGCUUUCAAAUGUUUCGUAAUUGCUCUGACUAUUCCAACAGUUGCAGGACAAAGCGCUCCAUGGGCUGUAGUACUACUGUACUAACAGUUGCAGGACAAAAACAUCCACGUGCUGUAGAACUACUGUACCAACAGUUGCAGGACAAAGUCCUCCAUAGUUUUCAGCGCUGAUAGGAUUGGAACGGAUGCAUACCAACAGUUAGAUGAACCAGGACAGACCGGAUCUCUCACCUUUGCGUGUGAGGACAUCGUCUUGCAUGUUAAUCAGCAAGAACAAACAUUGGCCUUUACAUAAAAAAACAGGUUUGGUUGAACUUUUCAAACAAUCUCACAUGGUUGAUUUCCUGUGUCAACUUCUUUAGCAAUUCAUUGAGAUAACUCCCUGGAAGGAGGGAGCACGGGUGGCGGGUGGGUGAAGGAGGCGCGGUAUGCUCUGAAUUCUGAAGGAGUUGUGUCAUGAUUAUCAUGAUCAGUUAGCAAAGGGUUCAUAUUUUGAUUACUGGAUCUUUUUUCAAGGAUAUCGACACAUGUAAACAUGAUGAGAUGGGUUAUGGUUCAAACCCAAUGUAAUACCCAAACUAACAAUGUAACCACACACAUAUUGUAGAAGGUAUUUGAAUGGGGGCUUAUCUAAGACUUGAGUAGAAGAUAUUUGAAUGAUGGCGCAUCUAAGACUCAGAAGUGACUCGAAUGUUGACUCCUCAAAACUCCUCGGCCUUGCCAGAUGUGACUCGAAUGUUGACUCCUCAAAACUCCUCGGCCUUGCCAGAUGUGACUCGAAUGUUGACUCCUCAAAACUCCUCGGCCUUGCGGCUACAGAACCUGCUUAAAGAUUGCGGGAGUUAAAACGACAGAAAAUCAGGAGAGGGAGUCUUAAAACUCCUCUGUCAGCCCUCUCCUGUGACGGCCCCCCUGUGACGGCCCCUUCCUGUGACGGCCCCCUCCUGUGACGGCCCCGGUGCCAGGAAAUCAUCGUCUUCCUCAGCACCAACGACUAAUUCGCCAUCUCGUUACUCGCAACAAAAGGAUUCAAGAAGUCGUAAAACAAAACCAAUGAAAGAUAAGGAGCAGAAAUGUUCGACCUUGAACUACAUAUAUUUAUACUUUUAUACGUACAUUUUAAUAAUGCUAAAUCAUCCAGUCUUACAAAUAUUCUUCUGUUGCUACAUAAUAAUCUAAUACUAACUGCAUUUCAAGCCAAGUUUAGAAAACAGUAGACAAUCAUACUAAUCUGUUAUUAACUGCAUUUCGAGCUAAGUUUAGAAAACAGAAGACAAUCAGACGUGAAGUGUUAACAAGAGAAUAGGGCAGUCAGGUGAACGUUUCGGCCUAGCACUGUGCCUUGUGGAACUCCUGAGUCUACGGUUCAAUUGUUGCCAAUUAAGAUACAUGAAGUAAAAGAAUUGAACUGAAGUUGAGAUGAAAUGCCAAAUUCUCAAAAUUCAAAUAGGAAACUAAAAAUACAAAUGAAUUGAGAAAGGGGUGAACAAAUGAGGACUACUUGUGGACAAGAAUUUGAUUGACUUCAUGGGGCGCUAUGGGACCAAUGAUGUCAAUGAUCUUCUUUUAAUUCUUGAAAAUCGCUGUUCUAUGAGUGUAACAAAUCAGUGUCAUGAUAAAUGCGACUCAUGUGCCUUUAUUUUCGCCUUAUAAAUGGAAGAGAAAGGAUAUUGCUUGGCUUGUUCAAUACCACGGAGAUGUUCACCGAAUCGAUCAUUUAAUCUUCUUACCGUCUCAACUAUAUAACAGGAGCGGCAGCUUCCCAAAACAAUCCUGUAGAUCACACUGCGAGUUAUAAAUGUGUAACCUCCCUUGAUUGUAAGUCCCCAUUAGGACAUUUUGUUUGGUUAAGUUGAAAGGACAUAAGGGAAAGUUCUACAACUGCUUCCUGAACGUGAGUUUGACCAAGGUGAGAUGGAUGAAAGUGAAGGUGGCUGUGUAUGAGAUGGGUCGUCUUGAAGAUGGUUGUGAAUGAGAUGGGUGGUCUUGAAGAUGGUUGUGAAUGAGAUGGGUUGUCUUGAAGGUGGUUGUGAAUGAGAUGGGUGGUCUUGAAGGUGGCUGUGAACCAGAAGGUCCCUUGAUUUUUAUCCAGUGUUAAGACAAUGCCAGGAAAAGAUGAGAAUUAUCUGUUAGUGUCAUGGUCAGACGGAAGAGAACUCUUUUUGCAAUCCCAUCGUUAGGAUGGUAAGUAAGGAUUAUUGGUUGCAAAAAUCGUUCCUAGCUAGAACUUAAUUCAUCAUUCAAAGAGAUUGUAUUCAUACGACUGUUUGCAGAAACCAGGGUUUAUUCAGGGUUGGAUAUGGGGGGGGGGAAUAAUGUUCAUCAUUUCAAAAGCCAUACACAGAAAGCCUUCACUGCACUUGAAGAUGACGUAGCCUAAGAAGCAUUGAGCAGGACAAGUGUAACCAAGAAAAUGUCUGUUGCAGACUGUUGUCUUUUUAUACCAAGCUCAACCUUCCUUUACAACCUCAAAAAUGUCAAUGGGGAAAGAAGACCUCUAAACACCUGAACACGACUUGGUGAUUAGCCCCGCAAUCGACAACUCUUGUGUUGGUGCUCUGGAAGGGCGUAUGGCGUUGUAAUAUUUUGAAUAUGACAAUGUCGAGACCAACUGGACAUCUUUUAGAUCUAUGUCGUACAACAUUAAUACUGGGGCAUAUCUUAGAUCUAUGUUGUACAAGACAGCUAUGGACUUUCAAAAACCAAUCUAAAAAAAACCCACCCAAUUCCGGACUUUUUCAAUGAAAACUGUGACGUACUCAGCUGCUUGAGGAAAAAUGGCCUGACAACUGGAGGUCACUCACAGUGAUAGAAGUGAAUCACAACUUAAGAUGAACGAUGCACCAGGAACUAUGUGUAAUGCAGAGUAAAUGAUUGAGAGACAAGGUUGACACAAUCGAGGGCUAUGCGAAUAGACAUGACCUGAAAAUGUUGACUCACUCUUAGAGCAGUUUACGGCUACUCUUCCCCAGGAUCGACCCCACUUCAUCAAACUCAUCCUCGAUUUUGAGUGCUGAUGAGAAAUCUCUAAUCAAUAAAUCUAGAAAUGGAAGAUCCCCAUAUCUAAUCGAGACCCAACAUGUUACAUGUCUCCUAUCGAGUGGCGAAGCUCCAUGGGAUGACUCGAUCCCACCUGAAAUAUACAAAAGAAAAAAAGGACACAGCUCUGACUGAAAUGCUUCAUCAGAUGUUCCUAAACAUGUGGAUUUCAAGGAUGUAUCUAUUGUUUACAUCAGAUGUUCCUAAACAUGUGGAUUUCAAGGAUGUAUCUAUUGUUUACAUCAGAUGUUCCUAAACAUGUGGAUUUCAAGGAUGUAUCUAUUGUUUACAUCAGAUGUUCCUAAACAUGUGGAUUUCAAGGAUGUAUCUAUUGUUUACAUCAGAUGUUCCUAAACAUGUGGAUUUCAAGGAUGUAUCUAUUGUUUACAUCAGAUGUUCCUAAACAUGUGGAUUUCAAGGAUGUAUCUAUUGUUUACAUCAGAUGUUCCUAAACAUGUGGAUUUCAAGGAUGUAUCUAUUGUUUACAUCAGAUGUUCCUAAACAUGUGGAUUUCAAGGAUGUAUCUAUUGUUUACAUCAGAUGUUCCUAAACAUGUGGAUUUCAAGGAUGUAUCUAUUGUUUACGUGCAAGCGAAAAGAAAACCGUCAAUUUUGCAGCAACCAUAAUAAUAAUAAUAAUAAUAAUAAUAAUAAUAAUAAUAAUAAUAAUAAUAAUAAUAAAGUUUAUUUGAAAAUCACGCUUCAUGCACAAAGGCUCAAAGAGUGGUACAAAGUCAACCAUAUUAAAAGAGAAAUGAAAAAUCUAUAUUAUACUACAUUGAAAUACAAAUCACAACAUUACAAAAACUACAUUCGAGAAUACAUAUUCUAAGUCUUUCAUCCCUUGCAACCAUAAAUAACACAAGCCAAUAUACAUCUAGGAGAUAAUAACUUGCUGGAAGAGAUGGUAGACAACAUCACCCCAGCAGGUGUUUGCGAAAUACAUGCAUUUCAAAUCGAUUUUGAAAGACUUCAGUGUCUGGCUGUUUCUGAGAGCGCCAGGAAGUGUGUUCCAAAUCAUUGGCAUAUCAUUGCUCUCAAAUGCAGGCAAGGUACUCACUGGAAUCUCGCUAAACCGUCUUAUUAAUACAAAUCUUGCCAGAAAGUCAAUGCGGUGUCCAUAAAGAACGCGGAACUAUUAAAUGGUGUUUGCGGCCUGACAGCUACAUGAAAAAAAAGAAAGUUGACUUUUUUUCCAUCUUUGUAGAUCUGACCAAGACUUUCAAUACUGUUAGUAGAACGGGUCUUUGGAAGAUUAGGGCUAAAUAUGGAUCCCCUUAAAACUUCAUUUUAGUGUUACGGCAAUUCCAUGAUGGUUUGCAGGCUAGCUUAAGGGGAUGUGAUGAUAUGCAGACUAGUGUUACGGGACAUGAUGGUAUGGAGCCUAGUGUUAGAGGACAUGAUGGUAUGCAGGCUAGUAUUAGGGAACAUGUGCAGACGUGUAAACCAUUCUCAGUGACAAAUGGCGUGCAACAGGGUUGUGUCCUGGCCCCCAUUAGUUUUGUGUCCUGGCCCCCAUCAGUUUUGACAGGACCGGGGGUAGUCAAAACACAGGACCGGGGGAUCAGUUUUGUGUCCUGGCCCCCAUCAGUUUUGUGUCCUGGCCCCCAUCAGUUUUGUGUCCUGGCCCCCAUCAGUUUUGUGUCCUGGCCCCAAUCAUUUUUCAGCCUAUGUUUUCCUCAUGGGGACUGAUGCCUUUACUUAGGGAGACGUUGGAAAUAAUCUCAGAUAUGAAAAUGAUGGUAAGUAAUUUCAAACACAAGGGUCUAUAUGCCAAACCCAAGUCCUGACAGACAUUAUCAGGGACUUCCUGUAUGCUGACUAUAGUGCCUCAAAAGCAGGAACAGAAGCAGCUAUCCAACGUAGUGUUACUGGAUAUGCCCCAUCAAUCCCUUGCACUUACCGCACAAGAACAUUAAGUUUAUGUCAGAACCGGUCUCAUCAGCCAUCUGCGCACCCACAGCCAAGUUGGCAAUUGGCAGAUAAGAUAAUUAAGGUCGUCAUAGUCGAUUUAGAGUGGCGAAAUUUAUAAAUGUAGUCUUUAGAUGAUUUAGUGUAACAAUGAUAAGUAGAUGAUAAGUAACAAUUGAUGUCAGUGGAUUUGUAGCAGGCAUAAAGAAAAUAUCCAUCUUCCUUUAAGUUAUGAGUAAUAUCAAAGAUAAGAGUAGUAUAAAAAAAAUAAUGUAAUAUCAAAGAUAAGAGCAAUAUAAUUAUAAUGUCAAAGAUAAGUGUAACAUCAAAGAUAAAUUUAAUAUAAAAAAUUACAGGAUUUUCAGAUAUUUUGGAAGUUAAUUGAAUAGAAGUUGAAAGGAGUUUAGAAAAUUCAUACAUUCUCUAGUUCAUUUAUUUCCAUCAUGCUGACAUUGAUCACUCUUGUCAAAAUGUCUGGGAUGUAACCGCAUUCUUCCCAAUGUAUUCAAAGUGAGACAUAAAGGCACACAUAAUUGGGGCAAUAUUUCCUGAAAGAAAUAACCAUUGACAUCAUAAGAGUUGUGGUCUGUAGGUAAAGAGACAAUGUCCUGUAGAUAAAGAGCAGACUGAGACAAUGUCCUGUAGAUAAAGAGCAGACUGAGACAAUGUCCUGUAUAUAAAGAGCAGACUGAGACAAUAGGUUGUUUAGUUACCUACUUUUGGGAAUAUUUUGUUUUCUCCAAAAAUUGCUGGUCAAAAUAGCGGGUGGGUCAUUACACUAUUGUUGAUGGGAGUGAUAAUCUGUACGUCAGUUACUUGAUGGGAGUGAUAAUCUGUACGUCAGUUACUUGAUGGGAGUGAUAAUCUGUACGUCAGUUACUUGAUGGGAGUGAUAAUCUGUACGUCAGUUACUUGAUGGGAGUGAUAAUCUGUACGUCAGUUACUUGAUGGGAGUGAUAAUCUGUACGUCAGUUACUUGAUGGGAGUGAUAAUCUGUACGUCAGUUACUUGAUGGGAGUGAUAAUCUGUACGUCAGUUACUUGAUGGGAGUGAUAAUCUGUACGUCAGUUACUUGAUGGGAGUGAUAAUCUGUACGUCAGUUACUUGAUGGGAGUGAUAAUCUGUACGUCAGUUACUUGAUGGGAGUGAUAAUCUGUACGUCAGUUACUUGAUGGGAGUGAUAAUCUGUACGUCAGUUACUUGAUGGGAGUGAUAAUCUGUACGUCAGUUACUUGAUGGGAGUGAUAAUCUGUACGUCAGUUACUUGAUGGGAGUGAUAAUCUGUACGUCAGUUACUUGAUGGGAGUGAUAAUCUGUACGUCAGUUACUUGAUGGGAGUGAUAAUCUGUACGUCAGUUACUUGAUGGGAGUGAUAAUCUGUACGUCAGUUACUUGAUGGGAGUGAUAAUCUGUACGUCAGUUACUUGAUGGGAGUGAUAAUCUGUACGUCAGUUACUUGAUGGGAGUGAUAAUCUGUACGUCAGUUACUUGNAUUCCAGAAUAUUUCGAAAGGUAAAAUUUUUAAGUAACAUGACAUUGGGGAAGCACUGAUGAAGUAUCUUUUGUUGUGUGUAGCAGCCUAGUGAUGGCUUACUCACAUCACGUGACCAAACAAGGAAGUGACUAAGCGACUCCCAUUAAAUCUUUUAGAUUAAAUUCGCCUUUGUGCGUGUGUGUUUCUGACAGGGUGGCAAAAAUCUGCGGACGGCCAACUGACCCACUUUAUCGAACUGAAACUUGGCACAUAGACUCUUUCCCGAUGACAACACAUUCUGUCCCAUCCCUCAACCACAACCCUCAAAAAUCAUUUUUUUAAGGGGACGAUAAAGGAAAUAUGAGGCCAUGGAUUGAACGAAAUCAAAUUCCUGAUAACUGCGCUGAGUGAGAUUCUUUUAGUUUUUUUUAUUUCAAGUGCGUUUUGGUGCGUCAUAUUUUUAUAUAUUUUUGCUUGUCUGAAAUAGUUGGUGCAAUAAAUCUGCGGUGUUAGAAGCGGGUGUGUCAUUGGAAUAUUCAGUUUUAAAUACAAUAAUUUAAAAAAUGCUUAUUAGAGAUUUAUACUUAAACGUUGUGUUUAGGGGUGUGUUUCAAUGUGUACGUCACUCUCACUACGGACAAGUUGAGUUUAUUUUUUCUAUUAACUUUGUUUUUUUUGUCUGCUGAUGAAGGCUUAUAGGAGUAACGGUCAUUUAAUGGUCUUCAAGCAUUCACACUCCAUACUUACUAUUGAGUUUUGUUCAUUCAACUCGUUGUUUGAACCAUGAACCAUGAACCAUAAACCAUAAACCAUAACCAUGAACCAUAAACCAUAAACCAUAACCAUAAACCAUAACCAUUAACCAUGAACCAUAAACCAUAAACCAUGAACCAUAAACCAUAAACCAUGAACCAUAAACCAUGAACCAUAAACCAUGAACCAUAAACCAUGAACCAUAAACCAUAAACCAUGAACCAUAAACCAUGAACCAUAAACCAUAACCAUAAACCAUGAACCAUGUGUCAGAUUUGUAGAAAUGGAAGGUUUAAAAAAAAUGUAUAUAUUAUCGUCACACCACUUAGGUAUCCUUCCCCCCACCCCCUCCCCCCCUUUUUUGGGGGGGUUCCUUUUCUGUGUUAUCCAAAUUAUUACUUCACGCAUAAAAGGAAAUACACAUGCAUUAAAUGAUAUAAUAUAAUAUUACAUGAUUGCAUGAUCUUAUAAUUAAACUGAAUCCUAUAAUACAAUUUCACUAUUUCUAUUGUCAGUUACAGGUGACGUCAUGUUUCUAAGACCGAUGAUUGCCGUCUUUGCCGUGUGCCUAAUGACAGGCUUAAACAACAUCAGAAACGUCAUGGGUCAAGAUGCCGUUGACGGUCGGUCAGAUUUCUGGGCCUUAUGAGCAUUAACUUUUUAUCACUGUUUGUAUUCAUCGAAUAUUCGGCUUAAAGGCUUAUAUAAACUAUCUACUAAUUUAUACCUGGUUUCAUUAUAAAGUUGCUCAUAGCGCUAGUGUCCAUCAUUGACAUUGUGACAUUAGGUCAUACUGCUAGUGUCCAUUAUUCACAUUGUGACAUUAUGUCAUAGUGCUAGUGUCCAUCAUUUACAUUCUGACAUUAGGUCACAGUGCUAGUGUCCAUCAUUCACAUUGUGACAUAAGUCAUAGUGCUAGUGUCCAUCAUUCACAUUGUGACAUUAGGUCAUAGUGCUAGUGUCCAUUAUUCACAUUGUGACAUUAUGUCAUAGUGCUAGUGUCCAUCAUUCACAUUGUGACAUAAGUCAUAGUGCUAGUGUCCAUCAUUCACAUUGUGACAUAAGUCAUAGUGCUAGUGUCCAUCAUUCACAUUCUGACAUUAGGUCACAGUGCUAGUGUCCAUCAUUCACAUUGUGACAUAAGUCAUAGUGCUAGUGUCCAUCAUUCACAUUGUGACAGUAGGUCACAGUGCUAGUGUCCAUCAUUCACAUUGUGACAGUAGGUCACAGUGCUAGUGUCCAUCAUUCACAUUGUGACAGUAGGUCACAGUGCUAGUGUCCUUUAUUCAUAUUAUUUCCAAAUAAUUUUUCUGGUGCUUGAGUUCAGCUAUCCUUGCAACAGUACUUAUCACACCUACCAUCUCAUAGUAGCCUGGUGAUGUUCUUACUUAUCACACCUACCAUCUCAUAGUAACCUGGUGAUGCUCUUACUUAUCACACCUACCAUCUCAUAGUAGCCUGGUGAUGUUCUUACUUAUCACACCUACCAUCUCAUAGUAGCCUAAUGUUGUUAUUACUUAUCACAUCUACCAUCUCAUCGUAGCCUGGUGAUGUUCUUACAUAUCACAUCUUCCAUCUCAUAGUAGCCUGAUGUUGUUAUUACUUAUCACAUCUACCAUCUCAUCGUAGCCUGAUGUUGUUAUUACUUAUCACACCUACCAUCUCAUAGUAGCCUGAUGUUGUUAUUACUUAUCACAUCUACUAUCUCAUACUAGCCUGAUGUUGUUAUUACCUAUCACACCUACCAUCUCAUAGUAGCCUAAUGUUGUUCUAACUUAUCACUUCUACCAUCUCAUAGUAGCCUCAUGUUGUUAUUACUUAUCACAUCUACCUUCUCAUCGUAGCCUAAUGUUGUUAUUACUUAUCACACCUACCAUCUCAUCGUAGCCUGAUGUUGUUCUUACUUAUCACAUCUACCAUCUCAUAGUACCCUGAUGUUGUUCUUACUCAUCUCUACUACAAUGUUAAAGAAACCUACUUUUCUAUGUUACAUACAUUAAGUCAUAUACAAUGUAUUAUACCCCAACUAGCAGUAUGUUACAUACAUUAAGUCAUAUACAUUGAAUUAUAUCACAACUAGCAGUAUGUUACAUUAAGUCAUAUACUUAUAUUCUAUUUUUAGGCACGUCAUGUUUACGUAGAUGUCAGGAAGCCUACACUUAUUAUGCUGCCUUCAUCAACACACAAGAGUUCAAAGACAACUACUUCAAUCAGUGUAAUCAAAGGUGUACUAGUAAGUUAGCAACAACCUUAAUCAGUGUAAUGAAAGAUGUUAUAGUAAGAUAGUAACUACCUCAAUCAGAUGUUUUCAGUUUACAACCAGGUGGAAACGAGAAGAUGAUAGACUUGUUGAAGUGGAGGAUAACAGACUUGUGGAGGAUGAUAGACUUAUGGAGGUUGAGGAUGAUAGACUUGUGGAGGUGGAGGAUGAUAGACUUAUAGAGGUGGAGGAAGAUAGACUUGUGGAGCUGGAGGAUGAUAGACUUGUGGAGGUGGAGGACGAUAGACUGGUGGAGGUGGAGAAUGAUUGACAUGUGGAGGUGGAGAAUGAUAGACUUGUGGAGGUGGAGAAUAUUAGACUUGUGGAGGUGUAGGAUGAUAGACUUGUGGAGGUGGAGGACGAUAGACUUGGGGAGGUGGAGGAUGAUAGACUUGGGGAGGUGGAAGAUUAUAGACUUGGGGAGGUGGAGGAUGAUAGACUUGGGGAGGGGGAAGAUUAUAGACUUGGGGAGGUGGAGGAUGAUAGACUUGUUGAAGUGGAGGAUGAUAGACUUGGGGAGGUGGAAGUUGAUAGACUUGGGGAGGUGGAAGAUGAAAGACUUGGGGAUGUGGAGGAUGAUAGACUUGUUGAAGUGGAGGAUGAUAGACUUGGGGAGGUGGAAGAUGAUCGACUUGUGGAGUUGGAGUAUGAUAGACUUGGGGAGGUGGAGGAAGAUAGACUUGGGGAGUUGGAGGAUGAUAGACUUUGGGAGGUGGAGGAUGAUAGACUUGUUGAGGUGGAGUAUAAUAGACUUGUGGAGGUGGAGGAUUAUAGACUUGUGGAGUGGAGGAUGAUAGACUUGUGGAGGUGUAGGAUGAUAGAUUUGGGGAGAUGGAGGAUGAUAGACUUGUGGAGGUGUAGGAUGAUAGAUUUGGGGAGAUGGAGGAUGAUAGACUUGUGGAGGUGGAGGAUUAUAGACUUGUGGAGUGGAGGAUGAUAGACUUGUGUAGGUGUAGGAUGAUAGAUUUGGGGAGAUGGAGGAUGAUAGACUUGUGGAGGUAGAGGAUGAUAGAUUUGGGGAGAUGGAGGAUGAUUGACUUGUGGAGUGGAGGAUGAUAGACUUGUGGAGGUGUAGGAUGAUAGAUUUGGGGAGAUGGAGGAUGAUAGAUUUGGGGAGAUUGAGAUAGACUUGUUGAAGUGGAGGAUGAUAGACUUGGGGAGGUGGAAGUUGAUAGACUUGUUGGAGGUGGAGGAUUAUAGACUUGUGGAGUGGAGGAUGAUAGACUUGUGGAGGUGUAGGAUGAUAGAUUUGGGGAGAUGGAGGAUGAUAGACUUGUGGAGGUGGAGGAUGAUAGAUUUGGGGAGAUUGAGGAUGAUAGACUUGGGGAAUAGGAGGAUGAUAGACUUGUGGAGGUGGAGGAUGAUAGAUUUGAUGAGAUGGAGGAUGAUAGACUUGGGGAAUAGGAGGAUGAUAGACUUGUGGAGGUGGAGGAUGAUAGAUUUGAUGAGAUGGAGGAAGAUAGACUUGGAGGAUGAUAGACUUGAGGAGGAGUAUUUUUAAAGAAUCUGGGACGACAAGUGGGAUAGCUUUGAGGCUGCAACUUUUUGAAUCUCUUGUUGCCUCCACAGGUCUUAAUUCGAAUCUCCCCCUUCGUCUUGUAUGUACCCCUCAUGUCCAGUUUGUAGUGACCUCUUUGUCUUGUAUGUAACACUCAUUUCUAGUGUGUAGUGACCUCUUUGUUUUGUAUGUAACACUCAUUUCUAGUUUGUAGUGACCUCUUUGUCUUGUAUGUAACGCUCAUUUCUAGUGUGUAGUGACCUCUUUGUUUUGUAUGUACCACUAAUGUCCAGUUUGUAGUGACCACUUUGUCUUGUAUGUACCACUAAUGUCCAGUGUUUAGUGACCACCUCCAGUCCGUCAUAAUUAUCGGGAUAAAAUGUUGUGUUAAUAUUUGUUUAAACUAAUUGUUACCAAUAGAUUUAUUUGUCAUUAAAAGUGUUAAAACUCGAUCUUCUUUCCAGCCCCGGACACAAGUUCCCUGGGGAGUGUGACAGAGGAGGAGACAACAUCCAGUGCUCGUGCUGGCAUAGGUGCAGUAUGGCUUUCAGUGUGCUUUAAACAAUCUUAACACAUCAAGAUGAUAGCUUGUAUCUUUGUAUCUGUCCAUACAUCAUGAUGAUAGCUUGUAUCAUUGAAUUUGUUCCAUACAAUAAGCUGAUGAUAGCUUGUAUCAUUGAAUGUGUUCCAUACAAUAAGUGGAUGAUAGCUUAUAUCAUUGAAUGUGUUCCAUACAAUAAGCUGAUAAUAGCUUGUAUCAUUUAAUGUGUUCCAUACAAUAAGUGGAUGAUAGCUUAUAUCAUUGAAUGUGUUCCAUACAAUAAGUUGAUGAUAGCUUGUAUCAUUGUAUCCCCUCCCUACAGCGUGUGGGCCCAACAAGUCCCGGGUCAGGAUCGUAGGCGGGAGACAGGCCUACGAGUGCGAAGUCCCAUGGAUAGUCGCAGUGACCGUUGGCACGUUGUUUUGUGGCGGCACAAUCGUAGAUAGCCGCCAUAUUGUGACUGCGGCACAUUGUCUUAAGAACAAGUAAGCGUUGUAUCCUUACAUUUGAAACGUGAAAGUGAGAUGACUUCUCUAUUUCAUGACUUAAUUUCUCUAAUCCAUGACUUCUCUUGUCCAUCUUGAUGACAUCUCUUCUCAAAGACUUGAUUCCUUCAAGCUAUUACUUGACAUUUCUACUCCAUUACAUUCUUAUUUGCAACAUGACGGGACUGAACUCUACUCAAUAGCUUGACCUCUACUCCAUGAGUGGACUCACCUCUUCUACAUGACACCUCUACUCCAUGAGUGGACUCACCUCUUCUACAUGACACCUCUACUCCAUGAGUGGACGCACCUCUACUCCACGACUCCCCCUCCUACAUGACUCCCCUCCUAAUGACUCCCCCUCCUACAUGACCCCCCCUCCUACAUGACCCAUGAUGUACUCCCACAGGGACACUGACAUAAUUUACAUGACACCUCCACUCCAUACCUCCCUCUACUCCACGACUACGCUCCUACAUGACCCCCCUCCUACAUGACCCCCUCCUACAUGACCCACGAUGUACUCCCACAGGGACACUGACAUCAUCUACAUGACACCUCCACUCCAUACCUCCCUCUACUCUACGACUACGCUCCUACAUGACCCCCCUCCUACAUGACCCACGAUGUACUCCCACAGGGACACUAGCAUCAUCUACAUGACACCUCCACUCCAUACCUCCCUCUACUCCACGACUACGCUCCUACAUGACCCCCUCCUACAUGACCCCCCCUACAUGACCCCUCUCCUACAUGACCCUACUCCACGACUACGCUCCUACAUGACCCCCUCCUACAUGACCCCCCCUACAUGACCCCUCUCCUACAUGACCCCCCUCCUACAUGAACCUCCUCCUACAUGACCCACGAUGUACUCCCACAGGGACACUGGCAUCAUCUACAUGGCGUCCAGCGUCCAGGUCAGGGUUGGCUCGUCCCGGAUUGGUGCUCAAAGAGUUUACAGAGUUGGCCAGGUUUUUGUUCACAGCCGACAUGUGCCUGGAAUAAAUGGUCAGUACUUGGUUGGUGUUUGGUCAGUUGUUUAAUGGUGUUUGGUCAGCUGUUUGUUAUCUGGGGGUCAGUUAUUUAUGUUUAGUUGGCAAAUUGUACUAUAUAAGUUGUCACAAGAUUCUAUUACUUAUAUUAAAAUGCAACAAAAAAUUAUAGAUAGCCUAAAAGUGUAAUUUGCUUUUAAUAUCUAUAAUUGCCUGAAACUGCAUUUGGCUAAAGUAUUUAUUUCAGCCGUUAACCGAAGUUGACUAUUAUGAUAGUCAGGAACUGUUGUUUACUAUUUAUAGCUAAAAUAGCGUUAGACUAUGGUUUAUAUUGAUAUUUUUGAUAGCCUGGAAGGUGGUUAAUUGUUAUUGUUAUUUAUGAUAGCAUUGAAGUGUAGUUUCUUUUGAUAUUGAUUUAAUUUGACGCCAUGUUUUUCUGUCCCUGGUUUGUUUCAGACUAUGACGUCGCUGUGUUGAGGCUAACCCAGGACCUGGUGUUCUCGGACUGUGUGACGCCCCUGUGUCUACCAGAGACCUGGAUGAACCCCUUCAGUGCAGACUACUGCACCGCCGCUGGUUGGGGGGUUACAGAUUGUAAGUUGUUGAUUGUGGUUCUUGUAGUAGGACAAAAACAAACUGACAUAUCGAGAUUGGGAGAAGUGGACUUGGGAUUGAAAGGCUUACUCCAGAUCGAAAAGAAAUGAAAAGAGUUGAAAAGAGUUGGAAAGACUUAGAGUGGAUUGUAAGUCAUCGACUGUAGUGGCAAAAUGUUGUUAAUGGCCUUUGUUCCACUGAAAGUUUAAAAAGGCAAAGAAAAAGUAUUUGUUACUUGUGAUAUUGGUCUUUUGAGUUGUGGUUAACCGUGUUGGAGGAAUACGAUGACAGAGUUGAGUCUGGUGAGUUCCUUAUCCAUAGCUGCGACCUUUCUCGCGUCGUCCAUCUGCUGUAGGUCUGUGUCAAAUCCAGGACACAUGAUUCCUACGUUCCAUGUUUCAAAGCGAAGUGGUCCAGUCUUCCUUCUACUUACUUUCAUUGCUAUACGAAAAAGCUAUCCGCCUCGCAAAGUUUCAUCCCCAGUGCGGCUACUUAGCCUGGGCGGUGUUUUAAGGAGACCAACUGUUGCCCAGUGUAGCAGAGCCCAGUGCGGCUACUUAGCCUGGGCGGUGUUUUAAGGAGACCAACUGUUGCCCAGUGUAGCAGAGCCCAGUGCGGCUACUUAGCCUGGGCGGUGUUUUAAGGAGACCAACUGGUGCCCAGUGCAGCAGAGCCCAGUGCGGCUACUUAGCCUGGGCGGUGUUUUAAGGAGACCAACUGUUGCCCAGUGCAGCAGAGCCCAGUGCGGCUACUUAGCCUGGGCGGUGUUUUAAGGAGACCAACUGGUGCCCAGUGCAGCAGAGCCUAGUGCGGCUACUUAGCCUGGGCGGUGUUUUAAGGAGACCAACUGGUGCCCAGUGCAGCAGAGCCCAGUGCGGCUACUUAGCCUGGGCGGUGUUUUAAGGAGACGAAGUGGUGCCCAGUGCAGCAGAGCCCAGUGCGGCUACUUAGCCUGGUCGGUGUUUUAAGGAAACCAACUGGUGCCCAGUGCAGCAGAGCCCAGUGCGGCUACUUAGCCUGGUCGGUGUUUUAAGGAGACCAACUGGUGCCCAGUCUGUAAAUUUAUUUUUUUUCCGUUGUCAUCUGCACAUUCAAACUAUUUCCGGUAUCUGUAAAUAACAUUGAUUUUUAUUAGUUCCAAUGAUUUCCAUAAUUUGUUUUCAGUUACGUCCAGUAGGUUACAGCAAAACCUAAGAAUCGUAGAACUGCCGCUUGUUGAUAUGGCUUUGUGCAGGAACUCUUACGGGCCAAGAUACGUGAACGAUCUCAAACUGUGUGCUGGUGACUACAUCAAUGGUGGCAUAGAUUCGUGCCAGGUAAAACGCGUAGAUACAAUAGUUCUUGACAAGUAAAACACGUAGAUACAAUAGCUCUUUCCAGGUAAAACACGUAAAUACACUAGGUCUUGUCAGGUAACACACGUAGAUAGAACAGCUCUUGCCAGGUAAAACGCGUAGAUACACUAGAUCUUGCCAGAAAAAACACGUAGAAACAAUAGCUCUUUCCAGGUAAAACAUGUAGAUACAAUAGCUUUUGUUUUUUAUAUCAGUUGGAAAUAUUCUGUAAGAUACUAAAAGAAGUAGGGUGUAUAGAACAUGUGGGAGAUGUAGGACAAGUAGGGAAUGACACAUAUGCUGAUUGUUUUUUUUUCUAAUGAGGCUAGUCCAUCUGCUUUUACAAAAGUACCGGUUCAUUACCCGGCUCUAUCCGUGCCUCUUUCAUCUUGUUUUCAAUUUUAGAACAUUUUAGAGCAAAUCCACAUUUCUGGAUAAUGUGCACUGUCACCCAGUUCAUUAAUGACACCCCAACACAUCCCUUUCUCCCAUCACACCUCCUCCAUCCCAUCACAUCUUUGUCGUCGCCUACCUUCUAAGAUACAACUCAACAUUGACCACCCAUACACGCCAACAAAAAAAAGCCCUCCAUACCAGUCCUCCAAAAACCAACCACAUAUUCCAUAUCUCACUGUGGCAGUCAUCCACACACCAACCACCUAUUUCACAAUACUCAUCCACAUCAAGCACAAUCCACACAUACUAGGCCAUUACGCCACAAGGCAUCCACAUCCAGCACAACCCACAUAGACUAGGCCACUAUGUCACAAGUCAUCGACAUCCAGCACAACCCACACAGACUAGGCCACUACGCCACAAUCAUCCACAUCCAGCACAACCCACACAGAUAAGCCAAUAUGUCACAAGUCAUCCACAUCCAGCACAACCCACACAGACUAGGCCACUACGCCACAAGUUAUCCACAUCCAGCACAACCCACACAAACUAGGCCACUACGCCACAAGUCAUCCACAUCCAGCACAACCCACACCCACAAGGUCACUACGCCACAAGUCAUCCUAUACUUCCCAAACACCAACCUCCUGCACAACCCCAACCUAUAUCACUGACCAACACCUACGUCACUAACCCUCCCCCCUCGCCCUACCCAGGUCACUAACCCGUUGUUGUUUGUCCCCAGGGUGACUCGGGGGGUCCGCUGAUGUGUCUGUACAAUGGCCGGUUCGUCCUCCACGGCAUCGUCUCCUUUGGUUCCGGCUGUGCUCGUGCUCGCUACCCUGGCAUCUACACCAAGGUCACCAACACCUACAUUUCAAGCUUUAUAAGGUCAAUCAUUGGAUCUUAGAAAAGACGUCUGCCUUAACUUCUGCCUUAUCGACUCCAUCUUGUCAAACUUGAUAUCAACUGUUUGCUAUUUGUAGAAUUAGAUUAACGACAAUGUUUAGCUUUAAAAAAAAAAUUUGAUUUAAACAUGAAAAAAAUAAGUUUAAAAAUAAAAUACAAUUGAAGAAACUUUUAAUUUGCUUCGUUUUAAAAAGAUCAAUUCUGAUCUAUCAAAAUCCAACCUGACCUGUCCAUGCAAUCUUUAUAUCUACAAAUGUCCAUUAAACAAUUUAUUUACAACUCUCGCUACAAAAAUAAAACAACUGGUGGAUAGAAUAGUGAAUUUAAUAAAUAUUCAAUGCAGC